AUGAGUUUCAAGAUAUCCAAAUCAGACCUUCAAUUGAAACUGAAUAAAAAAGAUAGUAAUGUCACAUUUGGUGAAUCAUAUCGAUUCGCAGAAAUUCAAAAGAUUCUCAUUCGAAACGAAGAAGACGACGAAUUCAUCGAGAGCGGCUUUGUUAUCUGUACUCAGUGUAACUUGAUGGUAUUACAGUCAGAUGGGAGUCAUCUGAAGAGGCACGUUAUUACGACUUGUAAAAAACGAAAAAUUUCGAUUGGUCGUUCAGAGCUGGAACCUAUUGAACAAGUCAGAAAAAUCAAAGAUUAUAGCACGAAGAAAUUGAAGGAUUCCGAAGUUCAGAAAAUCACCUCUGCGUUGGGCCGGUAUUGCUUGAAAACUGGAAAAAGUUUUCACCAUCUCGGUUCCGAAAAUAUGAAGAAAUUGUUGAUUGAAAUUUGUAAUUCAAUUUCAACGGGGUAUGGAGAGGUCGCAUUGAAGCAACUACCAUGCCGUCUCACAAUUCAAAAAGUGACUGAGAAACUUGCUGAAUCGCUUAUCAAAAAAGCCGUUGAGUACCUGGAGCCUUACAAAUCAAGAAUACAUCUUGCCAUCGAUCACGGAAAACUUGUGACAAAUUACUUGUCAGUUUUCGCUACAUUUUUGGAUGACGAUUGUCAUCUUCAAGUCGUCCCGCUUGCCUUCACACCACAACUCGAUGGAAAAACUGGAAAACAAACGGCGGAUUUGAUUGUGGAAAAAUUGGAGAGUUUUGGAUGGGAAGAAGACGAAAUUCUCAAAUUUUCAGUCACCGCCGACGGCGCAUUAUCAACGAUCGGAAACUAUUUCGAUUGCUAUGUUUGCUGCGUAUCGCAUAGUUUGAAUCUUGUGGCUCAACGAGUGCUGAACCCCAAAAAGAUUCACAAACCGAGUCUCACUGAUGUUUUACCGAAAAUCGAAGAGUACUGUGCCGUGAUGGAAGCAAGUGCUCUAUUAGCCUCCGUUGUUCGUCAAACUCCGUCCAUUUGUGAAACAUUGACAAAACUUCCCACCCUCUCGUACACAGUCCGCCUUCACUAUCCAUCUUGUACUCCCCGCUUUCAAACUACUGACAAAGAUGUGGACCGAUUGGAAAAACGAAAAGUUUGCUCUACUUCAGGAUUACAAGCUCUGGAACACUAUUAUUCCGAAUUCGAUGAAUACCACCUUGCAGCUGUUUUCCUUGGUACGAAGUUGAUGAAAAAUUUUGAUUUUGGAGAAACGGAAACGGCCCGUGAUCUUGUCACAAAGUUAAUGCCAUCAGCUAUUCCCUCCACUACUCAACCCACCUCAUCGCAGAAGUCAAAUCUAAUUGCAAAGUUAUAUCAUGCGGUCAGUGACCAAGCGAACUCAACAUCCACUUCUUCGGAAAUCUCAAGAUAUCUCUCCGAGUACUACGAUCCUUCAACGAACGAAUCGGUUGAGGGAAAAAGAUUCGAAUACCCCGGACUGUACUCAGAAGCACUUUUCGCUUUUUCGAUGGUAGCUCCAAAGACAACGGAUCGUCGAGUAACUCCAAUCGGUAACAAGAAGGAUGAAGCUGUAGCUCCACAGAAGCAAAAGAAAGCGAAAGAUGUAGCUCUCAAGGAAAAGAAGAAGGUUGACGAAGGAGCAGAAAAGGCUGGGGCCAGCGGUACUACAAAGUACAGACAUUGGAAAAUGCCAUCACAAAGUCAAAUCAACGUCACCUCUAUCAUCAUCGGAGAAGAGAAGCUCCACAUGAUUAUUGUGGAAAUCGACCCGUACACCUUCCACAACCCCCUUCCGCUGUUGUACUACACAAUCAAAAGAAACAAGCUCAUCGAGUCGACUGAGGAGGACAUCGGAAAAGGGACCGACGACCAUCGGUAUCCACAAAAACGGCCGAACGCCGCCAAAUCCCAGGAGACGGUAACUGCACGUUGUCGUGCGGCUGUAACUCCCUAUACCGAAUGGAAGAUGCCGAAGCGUGCAAGGGAUAUGGGAUCGGAGCCCAAAUUGCCGAGAAGAUGUGGAAAAGCGAGGACAUCGAGGGGAUGA